AUGGAACCUAUUUCUAAUCAACCCAAUUUCAACUUUUCAUGUCCUGCGUUGGACGACUUGGAUUUUUGCAAAGACGUAUUUUGCAAUGAUCUUGAUGAUUGCUUUUAUUUAAACUGCGAUGAUAAUGAAAAUUCCAACACUUGUGAUGUAAAUUGCUGUGAUUCUCAAGUUGAUGAAAUUUGUUGUACCAAUGAUAAAUGUUUGGAACCAAAACUGGAACAACCACCAUCAUGUGAAAAGUCUGAACAUCUUGAGUGUUGCGAUGAUCCUCACUGUGAAUCAUAUAAUGUUUGUCAUUCUGAUUUAGGGGAUCUGUCCAGUGUUGUUUGUACAGAUCCUAAUUGCUCUGAAAUUGAUACUUGUUGUUCGUCAUUGCCACAACCGACACUCCCGUCUCAUCUGGAAAAUAAUUUAUGUCAACCACAACUUUCAAAGAGACCUAUAUUUGAAGAUUUAAUUACAAACGUACAUUUGAGUUGUAAACAAACGCAAGCAGAAGAAAUCAAUAGUGUUUAUCCUCCUAAGAAGAAAAUUAAACGUGAAUCCGAUUUCGAUAUUCAUUUCCCUCAUGAAUGCCAUCAAGAUUAUAAAAACCCAUUUACAGCUACCGCGACUACAAACCACCAGCUUCAUCAAUCGUGUUUCCAUACUACUAUACCCGAUAGAAAAAAUACAUCUUUAGAAUAUGAUGAGAAACUAAUGUCUGAUUUUGAUUUCGUGAUACAGUUUAAUAAUUUCAAUCAACUAUUAAAUACUGCAACAAAACAUGAGCAACAGGGGCAGCAUGAGCAACAGAAGCAACAGAAUCAAUUUGUGAAGGAGACUACAGAUUUCAAUCAAGUGUCAACCAAUAGACCUACACUGUAUUCAUGUCAAUGGGAAAAUUGUUUCAAAAGAUUGAAUAACAAUACAUUCCUUAAUCAUGUCAUUGAAGAUCAUUUAGAAAAAGAGGAAAUCGUCAAAUCAGAGAAUUCCAAUUAUCAAUGUGAAUGGAAUGAAUGUAAUUUUACUGAUAAUGAUUUUAAUUCUUUGAUAAAUCAUUUAAAAUCUCAUCAACCUUCCAACCUGGUAGAGACUACUGGUUGUUCAUCACUAUUGAAUAAUGUGACAAAUAACUAUGCAUUAACACCAUUAUCAUGUACAUUAUCUAAUGAUGCUUCACCUGUUGUUGCCUUGCAAAGUCCACAAGCUCCUGAUUUAAAUAUCACUUCGGUGAAAAUCGUGCCCAAAAAUAAAAGAAAAAGUUGCAAACCCAAAGUGAAGAAAGAGGAUCAAGAGAUGGAUUUAGAGCAUACUUGUAAUUGGCAGAUUGGUACUGAUGAUAAUGGUGAUCCAAUUUAUUGUAAUAUAAAACAUCAAUCACCUGGUGACUUGCAUAGUCAUUUACUCGAUGUCCAUAUUGGAUCAGGAAAACACGAAUAUCAUUGUUGUUGGCGUGGGUGUGAACGUCAUAAUGGGAAAGUUUUCACACAAAAACAGAAACUAAUUCGUCAUAUUCAUAUUCAUACUAAUUUUAAACCUUGUAAAUGUGAUAUUUGUGGAGCAUCAUUUGCAGUGGAAUCUGUAUUACAACAACAUUAUCGGGUUCAUUCAGGAGAAAAACCUUUCAAAUGUCCCAUUUGUGAUAAAACAUUUGCUACCAGUUCUUCAUUAUCAAUCCAUACUAGAGUGCAUACGGGGGAAAGACCAUUGGUUUGUAAAUGGCCCGGGUGUAAUAAACGGUUUAGUGAAAGUUCGAAUUUAGCUAAACAUAUGAGAAUCCAUACAAAGAAAUUUAAUUGUGAAGCAUGUGGACAAUCGUUUGAUAAGAAAGGAGUAUUUAAUCGACACGUUUUAGAACAUUCAGUUGAGAAAUAG